AUGGCAGCCAUUGACCUAUCCCUCAUAUGGGCUCUGCCAACACAGGAUUCUGCCUGUUUAUACGUGAGAAAUACUGAGGAAGAAAGGAUGGUGGCUGGUUUUCCAGCAACCUGGUUGCAGGUACCAGUGACCUUUAAAGAUGUGGCUGUGGAGUUCACCCAGGAGGGAUGGAUGAUGCUUGAUUCUGGUCAGAGACGAAUUUACAGAGGUGUGAUGCUAGAAAACUAUAUGAAUCUUACCUCAAUGGAAUAUCAAUUAUGGAAGCCUACUAUGAUCUCCCCGUUGGGUCAAGAAGAGAUAAGAACUAUGAAAAGGAGACUUCUCUAAGGCACCUAUCCAGACUGGGAGAUUCAACUUAAAACCAAGAAUAUUUUUAGGGAAAAAUCAUCCAGUGGAGUGAAAAUGAUAAAAUUCAUAAUGGACAGUUGGUCCUCCACAUUAAGUGAAGACCAGGAAUGCCAUAUCAGAAAACAGCACAAGAUCCCAGAGGGAAAUUUGAGGAAAGUGACCCAAAAGAAAACAGCACCUCAGGAGAGAUUCUAUGACCAUCAUGAAUUAGAGGAAAACUCUAAACUUGGAUCAAAACUUGUUUUUUGAAAGAGAGUCUCCACUGGUAAACAUUGCCAUAAAUGUUACUUAGAUAUUGAGAGUUUGAAACAUAAUUCAAUCGUAAACAAUUUCAAGAGAAACUGUGUAAGAGGGAAGCUCUGUGAAAGUCAUAAAUAUGAUAGAGCUCUGUGGCAUCUUGAAAAAACUCCACAAAAAUGUGCAUGCUUCAAACAUGGUAUACACUUCAAGCAUAAUAAUAUGUUUCCUAUAUAUAACAAUUUUCAUAUGGUGGAGAAUUCCUAUGAAUGUAAUAAAAGCAAGACUUUUUGUCAUCAUCCAUCCAAUAGGCAACAGGAGCAAACUCCUAAUGGAGAGAAAUGUCAUAAAUGUAAUCAAUGUGGGAAAGCCUUCAGAAGACUUUGUAAUCUUAUUUUGCACAAGAAAAGUCACAUGGGCAAAAAACAAUAUGAAUGUAAAGAAUGUGGGAAAGUCUUCAACGAUUCCUCAACCCGAAGGAGACAUGUAAGAACUCACACUAGUGAGAAACCCUACAAAUGUAAUCAAUGUGGAAAAGCUUUCAGUCAAAAAACAUCUCUUAAGAUUCAUGUGAGAACUCACACUGGAGAGAACCUUAUGAGUGUAGUCAUUGUGGAAAACCCUUUGGCACAAGUUCUUACCUAA